AGAGACACUCAUCUUCCCCUACUUGAUCGAACACGGUGCAACGGACUGCGGACUCGAGCACAAUGUCGAAUCGCAUCACACCUUUACCCGUCCAAUGGAAGCAACAUGGCUCUAUCUCACUCGCGUUCGAGCAGCUCUCACAGGGGCCGCCAAGCAUCCCUCGCCUGUCCCUGAGCCCUCGGCCGAUGUUCAAGCUAUCGAUCUCGUCAAAGAGUACAACCUGGACACUGCCAAACCUUUUGAUCCUCAGGCUCUCCAACGACAUCUUGAUACGUGGAUCCCCGAGUUGAUGCACCAUCUCGCAGAGGAGAUUGGGACGCUCGGACCGAACAUGACGGAAAAGGUCGGGGAGGAGGAUUUGGUCAAACUGGACACCUUGAUCAAGGAGCGACUGCUUCAAUAUGAUCCCGCGUGGUUCCUCUGUAGUGCAUAUGCGACCAUGCCGAUCGAGGAGGCCAAAGAGAAUCUCAAGCUUCCAAUGCUCGUCAGGAGGCUCAUGAUUCCCUUCUGGUGGGGUUCAAAAUACUGGGGGAUGUGGUUAUACUGUGACUUUCCGGAGAACCUGACAUUUGCGGGGACUGCGUGAUCGGUGUGACAGUACCAUAUUACAUGCCAUGCAUGCUUCUCAAAACAUUGUCCA